AUGCGGAGCGCCGCGGGCAGGGGCUCCUGGGCGGCUCGGCGCGGAGGUGAGCCGCCGCCCUCCGGCCAAUGGGAGCCUUGCUCCUGCCCGCCCCCCACCCCGGGCGGUGUUUCCGCCGGGCCGGCUCCCGCCCCCAGGCUGGGGAGUCUGUCGGCGCUCGGGGCGCUUCCCGGCUCCCGGACCCGGGAAGCUCCCGCGGACGCUGUGGGAAGCGGGCCGCUAGGGCUUCCCGGUCUUGCGCCCGCAGACCCGUCUGCACCUGACCUUCUCCUAGCUCCGGCAGCAGCCGAGUCCCGGGGGACGGCCGGCGCGCUCCCACGCUCGCCAGGUCUGGAACCGGCUCUGUCCGAGGUCCUUGUCCGGGCUAGCCCGGCGUGCGGACUAGGGGAGGCGGGCCCCGGGCUGAAGGUGGUCGGCUUGCCCCAAGCAGAAGCAACCCAGUGCCUCCGGGCAGGCCCUGCAGCACCUGCCACCUGCUUCGGGAUUGACCAGAAAGCACUGGCCUUGAGCUUCUCCAUGGGAAACACACUCGCCCAGAAGCUGCAUCGGGGUCGUCGGAGCCAGCAGGUCCUGCUCUGGGGGAGUGCGGGAGGAGACCCUAAUCGAGCAUGCAAGCCCUCGCAAACAAACACAUACAAGCACAUGCAAGAAUGCCACGGCUCUCCUGCGAAACUCCUAUCUCUCUCCUCAAUCUGUUAACUGAAGAUAAAGGCUUUAUCUGACUGCAGGAAAUCCGGGACACCCCAAUGAGGUUAUGCACACGCCUGCCUUGCUAUUUAAAAGCAUUAUCUUUAAAGUAUCAGACGAUUUAAAAAGAUCACGGAGAAGGCUGGAAUAAAUGCAGCCCUCCCUCCCCGGAUGUCCCUCAGAUAUCAAAAUCUCUCCAUGCCCAAGUUCCUUCUGUAAAUGACAUUUGCCUGAAACCUGUGCAACCCUCCCCUAUGCGUUCAAUCAUCUGGAGUUUUCUAAGCAAACGUAAUACAAUGGAAAUGCUAUGUAAAUAGUUGUUAUAUUGUACUGUUUAUGGAAUGACAAGGAAAAAAAAGUCUGCAUGUUCAGCACACACGUUUUUUCCCCAGA